GCAAGAGCUCCCCACAUUAAAAACAUCUGAUUUCCAAUGGCCGCAGGAAUCUGGCUUUUGUUUUUGGUUAGCAAUUUGACAGUGGCACUUUGAAAUUUAAUGAAAAUUUACUGAAAUAUGGAAGACAAGCCACCGCAACAGAAGCCGACACAAAACUCAGAAGUCAAUCAAGACGAGUUGAUCCUUCAGCAACAGAGGCGAAUUGAAAAAGAGAUAUCUGAGUCAAUAGCUUUAGUUGGUGAAAAAGAGCCGCUGCAAAGCUUGGAGCGGGAAUACGUUAAGGAUGAAGUUUAUCUUUCCAAAGCAAAAAGCUUAGGACAAAAAUACUCAUAUAUUCGGAGAACUAGACCAGAUGGAAAUUGCUUUUUCCGUGCUUUCAGUUACGCUUAUCUUGAAAGACUGAUCGAUAUUAAAGAUGAAUAUGAAAAAUUUAAAGAGCUCGCUCUCAAGAGCAAAGACAAUCUUGUCGCUUUAGGAUUCCCUCAAUUUACCGUUGAAGAUUUCCAUGAUACAUUUAUGGAAGUGAUCGAAAAAGUUGGAGGUGGUACUGAAGCUAGUCGUUCAGAGUUGCAUAAACUGUUCAAUGAACAAGGUUACUCGGAUUAUGUUGUUGUGUAUCUCAGACUAAUUGCUUCUGGACAGUUGCAACGUGAGGCUGAUUUCUAUCAGCAUUUUAUUGAGGGGGAUCGUACAGUUGCCGAGUUCUGCCACCAGGAAGUAGAACCAAUGUACAAGGAGUCAGACCACAUCCACAUAAUAGCAAUGAGUGCAGCCUUGGGGACUGGUGUACAAGUACGUUACAUGGACCGUGGUGCUGGGACCGAGGCAACGGCUCAUGAUUUUCCAGAAGGAACCCCACCUGCUGUUCACCUUCUCUACCGACCUGGCCAUUACGAUAUCCUGUAUCCCUGAUGAAACCCUGCCCUAUUCUCCUAUCCUUUUUCCUACGUCUUAUACAUUAAACUUGAAACAAUCCGUUCACAACUCCCAUACGUAAUCUUAAUUUAGCAUCUUGAGUUAACCCAAUCAAUAACUUCCAGCAUUACAAAUCUUUCCCGCUAGUUCUGUCGUUCAAGCUGUGUUGCUCAUGUCAUAGUUAAAAUAUUACCCAUCUAAAUGCUUCAAACAAGAUUCGAAACACUUCGAUCUUCAUAUACGGGUUUUUAGCACUAGAAUACACUGAUUUAGUUAAUUCAAAGAUGCAAAAGUAUUAGGGAAGGUAGUGCAAAAUUUAAUAGAACUAUUGAAUCGUGAGAAUAAACGAAUGAUGAUUAUACUCUUUUUUACAAGUGGUACAAGGAGAAUGCCUUCAAUUCUCAGGUAGCAAGAACAGAACAAAAUCUUUUACUUAAAUUUUUAAAGUUAAUUCAAUAUGUCCGUUUAGAAUACCAGAUAAUAUCAGGGGUUCUAAUUUUUAAAUAUACUAAUGUCAUCAUCUACCUUCGCUACUACUUUUCGGCCUUGUGUAAUUUAUUACGGCUAUCUUUUAUUUACGUAAACAAUUAUUUUAGAAAUAAAAUAUUCGGAAAAUGUAUCGAAAAAAAUUAAAUGAGGUUGAUAGAAUAAAGCUUCAUGUAAUUAAUACUCCACAUUGAAAUCACUUGUUUCUACACAAUACAAAGCUUGCUUGAGGAGCGAGAAUAACGUUUAAUUCGAUUUAGAAAGAAUAAUUUAGAAUGCAUAGGAAAAAUUACCACAAGGCUAAUUGAAAGUUUAAUUCUUUAUCUGGUACGUCACCUACUUGAUCUUACAAUUAACUUAAAGUACAAACAAAUGACUCCACAGAAUCCUCAUAUACUGCGUAUGCUGAGGGCCAGUCUAAUGAAUUUUUCAAUCGAAUAUCAGUAGUGUAAGUUGUUAUUGCAUUAUUUUGUUUUAAAAUUUAUUGUAAUAAAUACAUAUAAUUUGAUCUAA